GAAGAGAUCUCCAGCCACAGCGUGCGACUCGAGCUACUCCAACGAUGUCAUCGAUUUUCAGACGCGGGCCGUUCCUUGAAGUUCAUGCAUAACACCACUCGUGUACACGCAGACGGACGUGAUUUGAUAUUUGAAUGCAUCCUUGUCUUGGAGCGGUCAGAGAGGAAACUUGCCCCCCCAUCGUGACUCCGUCCACGGACAUCACAACUGAUGGUUUGGGGCUUAUGCUUACUGUUUGAGACCUCAGUUGGUUGCCUUUUGGUGUAUUCGCUACAGAGAGAAUCGUUCUUCAGUUUUGACACUCAAAGAAGCAGAGCAGGCUUUUCCAGACGCACCCGAGCAAACGCCAGACUACCUCGCGAUGUUGACACGUCCAAACACGCCUCCCCAUCGACUAGAUCUGAAACUCAAUGCCGUAUGCGCAAUACAACGAAACACGUCCGUCGAAACCGGAUUAGUACGAAAUGCUCAAGUGCGCACCUCUGCAGAUUCGUCGAGGUUCAGAUUCCUCAUACCGGAGAGAUACAUUGCCUGCCUCGCGGCAUCACCUUCUCUUUCAGUUCAGCGUAUUCAAGCUGGACCGUGAAUCGCAAACAGUCUCCCCUGCGGUCUGCUUAUGCGACGACGUUUGACGUAUCUGCAGGGCUGACGCUCGAAAAGGCCUCGCUUGACCUGCACACGGAAUCGUUCGCACACGGGCAGUGAUACACCGCACUUUCAAGAGUACGAUGUCACCGAGACAUUCGAGCGCUAUUUCU